GCUUGAUUGGCACCGCCUGCGGGGCGGAGCUGCGGAUACCGUCGCCGCCGCCGCCGCCGCUAGCUUGGUUCUUGAGGAGGGCCUAGGCCGGCUCGAGUCCCGCGGUGGUUUCUGUCGGAGUUUCGCCCAUUUCCAGCCUAAGCGGGCUGGGCGCGGGGAAUACCUACCGGAACCAUGGAGGACGAGGUAGUCCGUAUUGCCAAGAAAAUGGACAAGAUGGUGCAGAAGAAGAAUGCGGCUGGAGCAUUAGAUUUGCUGAAGGAACUUAAGAAUAUUCCCAUGACCCUGGAAUUAUUACAGUCCACAAGAAUCGGAAUGUCAGUGAAUGCUCUUCGCAAGCAGAGUACAGAUGAAGAAGUUACAUCUCUAGCAAAGUCUCUCAUCAAAUCCUGGAAAAAAUUAUUAGAUGGACCAUCAACUGAUAGAGAUACCGAAGAAAAGAAAAAAGAUACUGCAAUUACAUCACAGAAUAGCCCUGAAGCAAGAGAAGAAAGUAGCUCCAGUGGAAAUGUAAGCAGCAGGAAGGAUGAGACAAAUGCUCGAGAUACUUACAUGUCAUGUUUUCCUCGGGCACCAAGCACUUCUGAUUCUGUACGGUUAAAGUGUAGAGAGAUGCUUGCUGCAGCUCUUCGAACAGGAGAUGAUUACAUCGCCAUUGGAGCUGACGAGGAAGAAUUAGGAUCUCAAAUUGAGGAAGCUAUAUAUCAAGAAAUAAGGAAUACAGACAUGAAAUACAAAAAUAGAGUACGAAGUAGAAUAUCAAAUCUUAAGGAUGCAAAGAAUCCAAAUUUAAGGAAAAAUGUACUGUGUGGGAAUAUCCCUCCUGACUUGUUUGCUAGAAUGACAGCAGAGGAAAUGGCUAGUGAUGAGCUCAAAGAGAUGCGGAAAAACUUGACCAAAGAAGCCAUCAGAGAGCAUCAGAUGGCCAAGACAGGUGGAACCCAGACUGACUUAUUCACGUGUGGCAAAUGUAAAAAGAAGAAUUGUACUUACACACAGGUACAAACGCGUAGUGCUGAUGAACCAAUGACAACAUUUGUUGUCUGCAAUGAAUGUGGAAAUCGAUGGAAGUUCUGUUGAGUCAGAAGAAUUGGCAAAAUAUCUGGACCAUUGAGAAAAUGGAUUUUGUAAUUAGCUUUAAAACUAGGCCAGGGAACUAGUUUUUUUGCAAAUCAGAUUUUUAAAGAAAAUGCAUCCCUUGUGUUAGUCUUUGUUUUUGACAUAGUGUCCUUCCUUAAAUGACUUCUGUAGUUUCAGAUCAGUGGGGAGACUACAUAAUAAUUGUAUGGUAUCUGCUUCAAACAUUUUUUCAUUUUUAUAAGUAAUUAAACUUUCAUCAAUUAAACUUUUGGCAAUUUAUUUUUACCUUUUUUGCUUCGUAAACAAAAAUUACUUUAACUUUUUUACAGUCUAAAAAAUAUCGUAGAAAUGUUAUUCUCAGUUAAUACCUAAAUGAAAAUUACAUUUUUUCCCUUAUUGGCAUGUACUUGCAAAUAUUAAAGGAGAGGUAAUAUAAUUUUAAGUUUAUGAAAUGUGGUGUGUGUUCAGAUAAUACUUGACCAGCUUAUCUAAAUUGUAUAUAAUAUUUGAACUAGCAUAUGAAAUUGGUUUUAAUGAUUAUAUUCACAAGUCUGGAAUAAUUAGAUACUAUUUUACAUUUGUAACUAACCAUGAUCAUCGUUUCUUGUAAUUUGUUGUAUAUGUUUAUUUCUUGUUCUUAAUAGAGUUUACUUUUGGAAAUAUGACUUGACUUUGUUGAAAUCCAUUUGGUUUUGUUGUUUAUUUACCUGUUUGACUUAAUAGUGUAUUUUAGUUUUUCAAAACACUGUUUAGGAGGCUUUUCAUAAACCCCAGCACAGGCAAAGAAUAAAAGCAUCUAAUUUCUUUCCCCUCCUAGAAAGACAUAUUGGGGGAAAUGUUUGCAUUUUAGUAUAGUGUCAUUAUUAUAAAUAGUUCUUUACUUGAUUUUGAUUUGGAAAUCUUUACUGGCCAAGAAUCAAGUUUUAAGGAUUAUAUAAAUCUUUUCAUAAUUGAGGUUGAUAGAAAAUAUGUUUUGUCCUGAGCCUAUUACACUGACUUUUUCUGUUACACAAUUAAUGAGGUUGUUGAACAAAUUGAAUAUAUGGACAAUAAUGCAAUACUUUUAUAGUACAGAUGUUACAAUUAAGUUUUAUUUUUGUUUAAAUGUGUACUAGUGUUCUAUUAGGAAUAAGAAAAAAUAAUUUUCGCACAGGUUUGUUAGGGUACACUUGCUCUAGCAUAUUUUAAAGGCCACUGUUACAAAGUCUGCAACUUACUCUAAAUCUGUAUUUUAUCAAACACCUACAGACAGACUUCAGUACAUGCUUUACUCUCUUUUACUCUCAUUUUCUUAUUUCUUGUUGGAAAUCAAUUUUAUGUAAUACAGAAGAUAGCAUUUAAAGGUCACUGUUAAGACCCCAUAUAU